CUCGAGCUAUUCUUGCUGAAUUAAAAUAAAUAUUUAAAGGAAGGGUAAGUGAAGAGUUUUGAAGAAGGCUGCAAUCAAAAAGGUUUUCUGAAAAAAUGUCUCUGCAGGCAGAAUUUGAGAAAGUGGCAGAGGAUGUGAAGAAGGUGAAGUCCAGGCCCGAAGAUGAGGAACUGCUGGAGCUGUAUGGGCUCUACAAACAAGCCACUGUCGGAGAAAUUAAUAUAGACCAACCUGGAAUGUUAGACAUGAAGGGUAAAGCGAAAUGGGAUGCCUGGGAUGAAAGAAAAGGGAUGUCAAAGGAUGAUGCCAUGGCAGCCUAUAUUGCUAAAGCAAAGGAGGUCAUUGAUAAAUAUGGGCUGUAGAGAAAAGUAUAACCACUGAAGUAGUAUAUAGUGCAUUUGUCUAAUUUGCAAGUGUAGGCUACCCUGUAUUUCUCCAAAUACUGGGGGUAUUUUUUCUAAUCAUGGUUCAACAGUGGAGUUUGUUUCAAACACACUGUUCAUUUUUAAAACCUUUCAGAAAUGUACUAAACACAAAUAAAACUUUUUUUUUUUUUAAUACUGUCACAUUUGUCCAUUUUUCUUUUGUGAUUUCCAUUGAUGCAGUUUUAUUUAUUCACAGGUACAUCAUACCGUAUAUCUGUAAUUGGUAUAUAUUAAGUACAAAUGUCCAUGCAUCAUACAUUUUUAGACAAAACUAUGGGUAAAUUAAUCCAGUUAUGAUUGUAUCUGUUAUUGAGGUUUUCAAAAUAUGAGAGCUCCUCAUGCAGAAAAUAAUGAAACUACUUAUUAAGAACCAUAUAUGGAAAUUGUUUGUGUUUCAAAUGCUGUGCAUGUCUUGUGCUUGAGGGAUGAAACACUUUUAUGUAUAAAGGAUGACACAACCCAGUGCCUGGGGCUCAGGUGUCCAUCCCAUUGAGACUGCAGCUCGCUGCUCUGUUUGUAUUCUAUUACUACAAUAAACUAGACCUUGUUUUUACCACCACCUUUA